GAGCCAGCACUAUCUACAAUGUAAGUCUGUUUUAUGAAAUGUCUUCCAAGGGACUUAGCUGCAAGUUUUCAGUCUAAAAAGGUUGGUGGAUGAAGAAUUAUUUUUUAAAGAAUAGAUGUAUUUUUAAAGUUUCUGAUGUGGGAAACUGGGAAUAAAUCAAAGUUCACUUUAUUCCCUUAAUUAUUUUUCAUUUUGGUCUUUUAAUAUAAAGAAACAUAUCUUGUAAUUUUUCUCUGACGAUAUCAAUGUUCUCACUGCUAAAGAGGAAAGAAGCAACGGUAUUUUCCAGUCAACAAAAUGAAGAGACUCAAUCUUCUGAUGCUGUGUUCUUGAAUGGAUGCAAUUAAUAGACUGCUGGCAAGCAAAGCUUCCGAGCCUCCUCACAGAGCACUGUUCAGACAUCAUCGACACCACAGCUCAUCCUGAUGGGUUGUUUUAUCUUCACCAGAGAAAAUGAGACUUUGUCUGUCAGGAACCCUUAUACUGUGCAGACCUCUGUGCCUCUAACGAUCCUGGUGGGUAUCCUCAUCCUGCUAACUGUCUUUGGCAAUGUCAUGGUAGUAAUUGCUGUGAUCACAAGCCGAGCCCUGAGAGCACCUCAGAACUUGUUUUUAGUCUCUCUGGCAUGUGCAGACAUUCUGGUUGCCACCUUAGUCAUGCCAUUCUCUUUAGCGAAUGAGCUGAUGGGUUACUGGUACUUUGGUAAAGUGUGGUGUGAAAUCUACCUGGCUUUGGAUGUGCUCUUCUGCACCUCAUCCAUCGUUCACCUGUGUGCCAUCAGCCUGGACAGAUACUGGUCCGUAACUCAAGCGAUUGAGUACAACCUGAGAAGGACACCACGCAGGAUUAAAUGCACAGUCUUCAUAGUUUGGGUACUGGCUGCCAUCAUUUCAUUCCCACCGCUUAUCACAAUGAAAAAGAAUGAGGGGAACAAGGACAGCCCUGAUUGUAGAAUUAAUGAGGAGAAAUGGUACAUUAUAUUCUCCAGCACAGCCUCCUUCUUUGCACCCUGCAUCAUCAUGAUUAUGGUUUAUGUUAGAAUCUACCAGAUUGCCAAGAAAAGAACAAGAGCCUCGCCAGGUGAAAGGCAAAGAGAAAAUGGCAACUUAGAGGACACAAAGUGUGGUCUGGACCCCCUGGAGAGAAAAGACAGAGGAGGGAGGGAAGUGGAAGAGGGGGACGGCAGAGAAAUCAAUGGGUUCGACAUGGAGGAAGAACCCUCCUCUUCUGAUGGGAAUGAAACCAUGCUAUGUUCCCUGAAGAAAAAGAGGGGUCUAAGGACAGUCAAAGUGGCUCAGAUGAGGCCUGGAGAAACCUCUCCAAAGCCAGAUGUGCAGCCCUGUGUGAGGGUGAGCAAGUGGAAAGGAAGGCAGUACAGAGAGAGGCGCUUCACAUUUGUUUUGGCUGUGGUUAUGGGAGUGUUUGUUCUCUGCUGGUUCCCCUUUUUCUUCACAUACACGCUCGCUGCUUUGUGUCACCUCUGCUGCGAAGGACUUCCAGAGACACUGUUCAAAAUGUUUUUCUGGUUUGGUUACUGCAACAGCUCACUAAAUCCUGUUAUUUACACUAUCUUCAAUAAUGACUUCAGGAGGUCUUUUAAAAAGAUCCUUUGCAAAACAAACAGAAGAGGCUUAUGAAUAAGGUUUUUAUGCAUGAACUUCAAAAACUGCAUCGUUGGUCCUCUACAUUAAGGCUCAAAGCCAGUGUAAAUAUUACAUUAAAAUUAUGUUAGA